AAAUUCUCAUAUUACCACAUCCACUGAAAAAACCCACAUUUCUCUCUCCUCUCCUCACAAGAGUAGCAACAAUGGUGCUUACCCUAUCCAACCAAUUCCUAGCAAAAAUCCCAGCAACCCCAAAAACCUUAACCCUCCCAAAAACAUCAUCUUCAACCCUCCGCCCACAAUGGAGCUGUCGGAAAUCAGACAUUCACCCAGAAUUCCGCGAGGAUGCCAAGGUCUACUGCAAUGGUGAACUGGUUAUGACAACCGGUGGGACCCAAAAGGAUUACACCGUUGAAGUUUGGUCGGGAAACCACCCUUUUUACCUCGGAAAUCGGUCGGCUCUUCUUCUUGAUGCUGAUCAAGUCGAGAAGUUUAGGAAGAAGUACGGCGAAUUGACUCAGAUUAUGGAGAUUCCUGUGCUUAAGGGUGAGAUUAUUCUUCCUCCUAAAAAGAAAAGUAAGGCCAAGAAGAAGUAAGAGGUAAGAGAGAGUGAAGAUUUCUGGGUAAUUUUAAUUGCGUUUGUUUUAGGUUUAAUUUUAUGUUUUCUGUAAAAUUUGGUUUGUGUAAUGUUGGUAAAUUUGGGUAUUGAUUUUGGUUAUGAAAAUAUGAAAUGAAAUGUUUGUGUUUAUGGGUA